AUGUCUUGGAUAAUCGGAACUGGUGAGCCUCCAAAUAAAUUCACCAUUGGGAGAAUUAUGGAUGAAAAUGACCUCCUGUUGGACGUAAUCAACAAUAAACUAGCUGCCGGUAACUUUGUGGAUGCUGCUUCAUAUCAAAUGGUUCUUCAACGAAAUCUCGUGUACCUCCUUGGGCUUGAUAUGAGUGAGAUAACUGAGGGCUACCUAUGUCCAGAGUGCUUGUUAAAUUUGAGCUCCGAGGCAGCCCUCGUUUCUCAUUUUGAGAAGAAUCACGUUCCCGCCCUACAGGACAAUGAGGUUGAAAAACUUGCACAGGAUUACAAAGAUCUUGCCCUAGAUCAACCUGUUGACGUAGUGCGCUCAAGGCUAUCUCUUUUGGAGUAUAUUAUUUCAUCCCUCCUAGAGGGGAAAUUGGCACCACAAUCCAUUCCCGAAAUCGACCUGAAACCCAAACUGCAAGAAUUUUUGGAGGAACAAGUCAACAGAAGAACUGAAAAUGACGCCUUAAUUCUGCAGCUUACCACCGAACGCGACUCCGCUCUGAGCGAAAUUGGUCAAUUGAAGGAUCUGUCAGUGCAGCUACAGUCGCAGUUGCAGACCAGGUGUUACGACUUGUCGGCCAAGGAGAAGGAACUCACAGUUGUUAAAGAGCAACUCAAGGACUCGAGUACCAAAUUGGAAGCAAGCAAAAACGAACGUCAAACUUUCCCUGUCCAGCCAAAGGAGCAGUCGCCAAACAGCCAGUUAAACGAGCGGCUGGAGGGGGAUUUGCGAGCGAUUGAGCCCAAAACAUUAAACCCCUCGGAGCAGUUGAUUGUUGAACUUCAGGAAGAAAUUGACUCUCUGAAGACCAAUUUAGAUGAUCUAAAGACAACCUUGAAUUACCUGAAGUCAGAGAAUAAAGCUCUUGUGGAAAAGAUUACGACCCUUUCGCUAGAGGUUCAAGUCAAGGAGGGGCAAAUCAAAGAAUUUGAGAAAACUGUCAAGGUUAUGCGAGGCAAUGAGAAGACACUGCGAAAUUCCCUCGAUGAGGCCGAAGAAGCCGCCAAACAGAAGGAUGCCACAAUUAAGUCCUUACAGCAAGAACUGCACCAAUUUAUGAGCGAUGCAAAGGCGAAAUCCGAUGAAUGCGACCGCUUAACAAAGCACAUCAAUAACCUGACCUCAGAGAGCAACUCAGUGAAUGAGACAAACGCUAAGCUGAAUGUUAAACUGAAUGAGUUGAGGACUCAACUAACCUGUUUGGUUGACUCUGAGAACGCUUUAAAACAGAAAUUAGUGGAAAUGGACUCCACGCUAGCUGCACAAAACGAGGAAUUGGGAAAUCACGCAAGUAUUGUCACUGAGCUUGAGUCCAAACUAAGCUCAACCUAUGCGGAGCAUCAGGCUCUCAUGGAUCAACUCAUCGAGAGUCAGAAUAGGUCGAAACAGUUGGAAACGGCUCUACAGACCUCACAUCAAGAAUUGGAAGGCCUUCAAAGGAUAAUUCUUGAUUUGGGUCGGCAGAAUCAGGCUCUUCAGAUUACUCAAGAUCGACUGACCAACCGUCAGUGGGUCUCAGAUGAAUCUGUACAGUUUUGUUCCAAUUGUCAGAAGGAAUUCUCCAUCAGUGUUCGCAAGCAUCAUUGUCGUUACUGCGGCAAGGUGUUUUGUCAGGCGUGUUCCUCCAAGAAGACAGCAACAUCGGCUUCGAAGGAUCCCCUUCGUGUAUGUGAUGCGUGUUUUGCGGAGCUUACUGGCGCAUGCCGAGUAAAUGACGUGAGGUGGAGAGUCCUCCCAGCCUCGAAGCGGUUUGAAGUGAUGCAACACCAGAACCAGUUUUGCUAUCAUCACACCUCCGAAUGCUAUGCAAAACUUCUGUAG